CAUACUAGCAUCAACAUGAAAGUCUUGAUUCUUAGCAUCUUCUUGGCUUGCGCCUCCGCCCAGUACUACCCUGGUUUCUACGGCUAUCCCGCCACCAGCCAGUUCCACGCUCAAGAUGUGCUGGGACAGGCCUCUUAUGGCUAUGCUUACCCCGGACAGGCUGCUUCCAACUACCGUGACAUUUUCGGCAACCAAGUCGGUUCAUACGCUUACAUGGGACCCAAAGGAGAAGUUCGUGUCAACUACGUCGCCGAUGCCGUUAACGGUUUCCGCGUUGUGUCCAACAACUUGCCUGUUGCUCCCGAAGAUACCCCCGAAGUAGCUGCUGCCAAGAUUGAACACGCUAAACUCGUCAAAGAGGCCGCAACCAAGAAAGCUGCCGAACCCGCUGCUAGCCGCACUAAGCGCCAGGUUCCUUUCUACCCUUCUGCUCUGCCUUAUGCUCUUCCCUACACCGCCCCUUACUACAACUACGUUGCUCCCGCUCCCUUGGUUGCCAAGACUACCUUGAAGACCGUCACUGCCGAGGCUGAUCCUUCCGCCAAGACCCCAGCUGAUACCACCAAAUUCGACCUCAAGGAAAAGAGCUUCGACGUUGUCACUCCUGUGGCCUACCCCUACGCCCCUUAUGGUUACACUUAUCCUUUCGCUGCCCCCACUGCUGUUGAGAGCUCCCGCAAGAAGCGCCAGAUUAUUAUUAUACAGAAAGGAAAAGACCAGGCACCUGAACAGCACAUUGAUUAAAUCGCCCGAUUUUUUCAUGACAAUAUGGGACGGAUUAAUUGCUGAUAGGGGGAGAGAGGGGCUAGUUGUCAGAUGCAUUUUUCCUGAAUUUUUUUGAAUUUUUUUAGUACACUACUGGUAAAAUGAAUGAAUGAAUCAGAUUCAGAUUUCAAUUCUCUAUGAAUUGAUCGUAUUUGUUUACAAUUUUCAUUUACAGGAAAUUGUGAAAAAUUGAAAAAAAAAGUCUGUCAACUUGCCCCAACAACGGGGUAAGUCGUAGGUCAACAUGCCCUUCAAAAUUUCUGACAACUAACCCCACAGGGUGCUUUUCGAACAAAUAAAUUUAUAACUAAAUAA